AUGCCGAGCGGUGUUAGUAGUACCACGAUUUCCGCUCGAUCGAGAUCGAGGAUUCUACCAACGACUUCAGAUCGCUCGUCAUGUGGCGGUGCAGGGGUGAAGACAUCAUCCAUCGUUCCUCUAUCUCGAAAGAGGACUUACUUACGCCCAAAAAGCAAGCAGAGAAAAAGAAAAAGCAGGAAACGUCCCAAUACGGGAAAGGGAGAGAUGAUUGUCUGGAUUUUGGAGGAGAGAAAAAGCAAAGACGAAGCACGAGAAGGGGAAGGGUUAAGCGCCAAUGUACGAAUAGCAUGCAAGACGUUAUAUUCACGAACUGGGAGCAGCAGAGACGGCGUCGGUCGAUCUACGGGGCCGAGUUCCGGUUACUACGAUGCCUACGACGACUGCUACGACGACGACGACGAGCUAUCGGUGGUGCCGACGGAGCAACUAGUUGUCCUAUCUACGUGCUGUUGGCGGAGACGGACAAAACUCGUGGCAGCUGUUGGGUGUCCAGAGAAGCAAGUACAAGCUACUUAUGCGCGAAUGCGGGUACCUACAGCCCUACGAACAACCAAGUCAGAGACGACGACCAUCUUCCCCUUUUUCCCAAUGUAG